CCCUCCUGAAACCAUGGAUCAUUCGACUUCAGGCCCAGAGGAAUCGGCUGGCUUAUAAUCAGUUUUAAAGAAAUACAUUCAUUUCCUGAUAACGGUAUGAUUUGUUCACUUAAUAUAUGAAUGAGUGGACGUAUCUUGCUAUGAAAUUCAGCACUGCGUUCAAGAUAACUAGUAUUUUUAAGGGAAGUAUAUUAAAUAGUGUAUUAUCAUAUUUAUUAUUAUUAAUUGUCAAGCAAUUUAAUCGAUUUCUACGAUAUCCCAUUCAAUCCGACAGACUUUGACGGUACUUAUAUGGUUGCGUUGCCUAUAACAAUUAACGAUUACGUAAAAUCAUUCGAACGUAUCACAUUUUAAUGAAUCCAUCCCACCUUUAACACUAAAACACGAUAAAAAUAUUAAAAAGUUAUACAUCUAUCCAUAGAUCUAUCUAUAGAUCUAAAAAGGGACAAACCGUGCGCAAAAAGAUUUGCUCGACCACUUCCAGCACCCAUUGAGUCUCCUGUGGACACAUAACAGGUUGAACGGACUUUUUAAAGUAUCGAACGAUCAAUACUAGUCAUUCCUUAGAAAGUAACUCGAUGUAUCUUAAAUAAAACAUAUAAGCCGCAGACGAAGCUCGGCGAGGACAGCGCAGUCAAGCUGCGAUCUCUGGAGCCGUGCGCCUCAGUAGUAAUGCGCACGGGUCAGAGUGACUGGUACUCCGGGUCCACCACAAUGGGUGGAGUAUGAACGUUCCGCUGAGCCCUGCCCCCCAACAGCAAACAUAUAAGAAGCUGUAUUGGGGCACACCCAGACACUUAAGUCUUAAAUCUUCCGACAUCGCUGGCAACGCCGUGCUCCUGAAUUAUUAACAGACUUGUUAUUUUUUCUUGGAAAAUAGUCUUAUCAGUAUGGCCCAGAGAACAAUUUGUUUAAUCAAUAGUUUGGUCUUUUUCUCCACUGAUAUUUGUUCAACCCAAAGAAGAGUUCGAAUUUCUUCACCUCUCCACUAGUUAUCUUUUUUUUGUGGAAAGUUGAGCAAAAAAAAAGAAAAAAGGUAAAAAAUAGAAUGGCAAUGGACACUGAGUUUGGUUUGAGGGAAAGCAGCAUCAUCAAGGAAUGGAGUGGACAGGUCCAACCUGCUCUUGUCGCCACGCUGGUCUUCCUCUUCUGUCUGGAAGCCUGUCUGUGGGUCAGGAACCUCAGGCUCAAGAGAAGACUCCCAGGACCGUUUGCCUGGCCCGUGGUGGGCAACGCCAUGCAGCUGGGCCAGAUGCCCCACAUCACCUUCUCCCGGCUGGCUAAGAAAUACGGCAACGUGUACCAGAUACGCCUGGGAGGCAACGACAUCGUGGUUCUGAACGGAGACAAGGCGAUCCGGGAGGCUCUGAUUGAGCACAGCACUGUGUUCGCGGGCAGACCAAAUUUCAUCUCCUUCCAGAGGAUCUCCGGGGGCCGGAGCUUGACAUUCACCAAUUACAGCCGGCAGUGGAAAACACACAGGAGAAUUGCCCAAUCUACCAUCAGAGCCUUUUCCUCUGCCAACAGUGAGACCAAGUCGGCGUUUGAGCAGCAUGUGACAGCAGAGGCUCUGGACCUGGUGCAGAUGUUCCUGCGCCAGAGCUCAGACGGACGCUACUUUAAUCCAGCUCACGAGUUCACGGUAGCCGCCGCCAACGUGAUGUGCGCCUUGUGCUUCGGGAAGCGCUACGGACACGACGACAUUGAGUUCAGGAACCUGUUGAAGCGCCUGGACAAGUUCGGGGAGACGGUGGGGGCGGGUAGCCUGGUGGACGUCAUGCCCUGGCUCCAGUCCUUCCCCAACCCGGUGCGCAGCGGCUACGAGAACUUCAAGCACAUCAACGAAGAGUUCUACGCCUACGUGAAGGACAAGGUGCUGCAGCACCGGGACACGUACCGCGCCGGCGUGACCCGGGACAUGAGCGACGCCUUCAUCCGCGCCAUCGACCACGGCGAGGACAGCGGCCUGAGCGAGGAGUACGUGGAGGCCACGGUCACCGACCUGGUCGGCGCGGGCCAGGACACCGUGUCCACCCUGCUGCAGUGGAUCCUGCUGCUGCUGGUCAAGUACCCCGACGUCCAGGCCCGGCUGCAGGAGCUGGUAGACCAGGUGGUGGGGCGGCACCGGCUGCCCUCUCUGGAGGACCGGAGCCGCCUGGCCUACCUGGACGCCUUCAUCUACGAGACCAUGCGCUACACCAGCUUUGUGCCGCUCACCAUCCCCCACUCCACCACAGCUGACGUGACUGUGGACGGCCUCUACAUCCCCCGGGACACGGUGGUGUUCGUCAACCAGUCCUCCGUCAACCACGACCCGCUGCGGUGGACGGAACCCGGCGUGUUCCGGCCCUCGCGCUUCCUGGACGCCGACGGCGCCCUGGACCGGGACGCCACCAACGGGGUCAUGGUGUUCUCCACGGGGAAGAGGCGGUGCGUGGGCCAGCAGCUGGCCAAGGUGGAGGUGUUUGUGAUCACCGCCGUGCUGCUGCACCAGUGCACCUUCGAGAGGGACCCGUCCCGGCCCCUCACCUUGGACUGCUCCUACGGCCUCACGCUGAAGCCCCUGCCGUUUGGGGUCAGCGCCAGGCUGAGGGGGGACCCCCUGAGAGGGGGGUCACUGGCGUGAGGAGUCUGACCCCCCCCUCCCCAGCCCCCAUAAUGUCACCACUCAAAGACUGAACACUCCUCCACCGAUGGCAUUUAACAGUGAGUAUUAGUCAGGCUGCGCUGAACGCCGCCACUGCAUUAUGUUUCAUAUUUAAUAUUUAAUACAUUUAGAAGAACCAUGUUUCAAAUCACUUUUGAUCUUUGAGUUUUAACAUAUGAUUAUAAUGGGUCCGAUAAGGUCCAAGACAUUUAUGUACUGGUUCCCAAAUAUACGUAUAAUUUACUUGAUGAAAUCGGUACUGAAUUAUAACUGUUGGAUUUUAAGUUUCUUGCUUUUUGUAUAUCAACUAUUCAGCGUGUAUGAUAGUUGCAUGAAACAGUUACCGCCUGGAAUGUCAACAUCAACCAACAAAGCUGUAAACCGUGUGUUAAAUGUGCGUUUGAACGUUGCAAGAUGUUACUCGAAGAUAUAUUUACCUCUUCAAUGAAACGGUAGAAAAUAUAUCUAUGUAUUUAACCUCUGCUACAGAAAGGAAAUCUACAAUACACAAUCAAAUGUAUGUAGGCACAUCGUUCAGGUUUAAAAAUGAAAACAAUGCUAAGAACAAAUAAUGUAAUAAUUCUACUGUCUACUGUAUUACUUUGUUGCACAUUGAAUGUGUUGAAGGAAGGGAAAGGAGGGGCUGAGACACUGAACAAUGUGGAGGAAGUGUUUCAUAAUAUAGAUGCGGUCCAACAGUGCUGCUGCUGCUGCUCCUCCUGCAAGGUCUCAGGCGAAGGAGACCAAGGUUAUUACUAUAGUCUUGAGUUGCACAUGCAUACGUGCACUGUGGGGU